GUACCUGUGAUCCUGCGAGCCAAUGGUUCAAACUUGUCGACGCCACGAGAACUUCAAUCUCAACUCAAUCAUUAACGUUACCUGUAGACUCAGAUUUAACAGGAAUAAUCUCUCACUGGGAAUCAGUGAGCUCAAUUUAAGAGAAAAAGUGAAUUCAACAUAAUCUGACAUCAACAUUUACUCCUCACGAAGCCGAUGGUUCUGUACCAAAUGCCUUGUGCUUGUUGAUCCUUCCUUUCCUUGCCCAGAAUUUCAAUCGAAGUAGAUGAAAAUGGUGCCCCAAUUGAUGCAAUCAAUGGCUAGACGCCUUACAUUAUCAGCAUCAGAUGACAAUGCAGUGAUGAAACAAGUCGUUGCCACUCAUGCUCCUGUUGACAGACAUGUUGACGUUAGGCCUCUUCUUAACGUUGUUCAAGACAUCUUGCAUCGUAUCACCACUGUCAUCCCCCCUGUUGUUCAGGGGAAGCAAGCAACCUUGGAUGCGGUGGGUGACAAUGCUCUCGCUCCUCACAUGCGUGAUAAUUUGUCCCACACAAUCAGCAAAAUUUCCUGCGAGAUAUCUUACAAGUGUUCUACUGGUGGAAACUCUCAUUCGACAACUAUGGGAAUUCUGGGCAUGCUUUCAAGCUAUUCAUGGGAUUCAAAGGCGGUGAUAGCUUUAGCAGCCUUUGCAUUGAACUUUGGGGAGGUCCGGCUGGUGGCUCAGCUUUAUGGCACCAACCCACUUGCUAAGUCAAUUGCAAUGUUGAAGCAUGUUCCUGAAACACAGAAUCGAGACGAUAUUAUGGGACUGCAACAUAGGUAUGAAGUGAUCAGCAACAUUGUCAAGGUCAUGUUGGAUGUGACCAAUUGCAUUGUAGCAUUUGAGGAGCUCCCCUCUCAGUACAAAACACCCGACACGCCGCAGAUGUCAGCUGUCACCACUUUGAUUCCCAUUGCCGUCUAUUGGACCAUUCGGAGUAUCCUAGCUUCUGCAUCUCAAAUUUCGGGCUUCCUGAGCAUGAAUCAGUAUGUCUGUCUGGCUUCUCCACAUAUAUCAUUGGUGUCAGAGGUUUGGGAACUUUCAAGUCUGGCUCACAAGCUCAAUAACAUACACAACCAACUUCAGACUGAACUUGCCCUUUUACAAAGGCAGAUUGAGGACAAUAAACAAACUGAAGCUUUUGAGACACUUGUACGUCUUUUUAAUGCGUCUCACUCUGACAACAUGGAAAUUCUUCAAGGUUUGUUUUACUUCAAGGGCGACCAACUACCGCUUCUUGAUGGUUCUACCAAGCAAAGGGUAAGCAUUGAUGAAUUAAGGAGUAAAAUUGUGCUGCUAUUCAUAUCAGAUCUCAAUCUCUCUAACCAAGAGAUCAUGAUUCUUGGAGAAAUGUAUCUCGAGUCACGUCAGGAACCAGACAUGUUCCCGAUUCCAUUUGAUGUCGUUUGGCUUCCAGUUGUUAACAAGGGAAUCCCAUGCUCUGAAGUGAAACGGAAGAAGUUGGAGGGGUUACAAUCAGCAAUGCCAUGGUACUCAAUCUAUGACCCUUGGCAGAUAGAGCAAGCAGUCAUUAAGUACAUUAAGGAUGUGUGGCAUUUCAAGAAACGGCCUAUACUUGUUGUGUUGGACCAGCAAGGAAAGGUUGUCAACCUAAACGCUUUACACAUUAUGUGGAUUUGGGGAUGCUUGGCUUACCCUUUUGCAGUCUCACACGAGGAAUCCAUUUGGAAGGAACAAACAUGGGGACUUCAGCUAUUGGCAGAUAUGUUCUGUCCAUUAACCUGGAUAUCAGAAGGGAAAUAUGUAUGCUUGUAUGGAGGUGAAAAUCUGGAGUGGAUCAGGAAACUCACAAGAAAUGCAUACGCCAUGGCUGAGACUCUGCAAGUCCCACUGGAAAUGAUAUAUAUGGGGAGAAGCAAUCCAGGAGAGAAAGUGGAGAAGAACAAGGAAGCCAUAAUUUCAGAGAAUAUCAGCCAUGCACUGGAGGACCUGACAUUAAUAUGGUACUUCUGGGUUAGGGUAGAGAGCAUGUGGCACUCCAAGUUACAGCAGGGGAAGACAGUAGACAGUGACCCCAUAAUGCAGGAAGUGAUGACAAUUGUAAGCUUUGACAGAAGCGGCGAUGAAGGAUGGGCUGUGAUGGGAAGAGGAACGGAGAAGAUGGUGAAAGCACAAGGAGAAAUAUUUCUGAAGUGUGUUAGUGAGUAUCAGAAAUGGAAGCACAAAGCAAAAGAGAAAGGGCUUUUGACAGCAAUGGAUGAAUACAUAAAAGAGCUAAGAACCCCACACCACUGCAUCAGAUUGAUAGUGCCAGGAAGCAAUGGCAGAAGCCCAGAAGAAGUGACCUGCGCUGAAUGUGGCCGUACCAUGGAAAAGCUCUUCAUGUACCGUUGUUGCGAUGAUUAAAGGCUUGAGUAAAUAUAAUAAUACAAAAUCGAAGUCAUGUAUUUUUGUGGAUUCUAAAAACAAACAUGCCUAAGUUGUUAUUUUAAUUUUUUUGGCUUCUAGAA